AAGAGAUAGAGGAAAAUCUUGAAGCAUUAAAUUCAAAACUUGGCGCCCCUAUAUCAAAUAAGAAUACAUCACUUUAUAAUGCUCUCAAGAAAGGUAUAGAAAAAAUAGAUAUUUCUGAGCACAACUGGCAGAAUCCGCUAUCAAGUACGGUUAUUAGUGAUGAAUCUCAGUUGGUAAAGAAUUUAAAACAAAGGCAAAGACGUACUUUUUUGGAGCCACGAGAGGAUAUGAAAUGUGAAAUCCCGGAGCUGAUUUAUUCUAAGUAUGAUGAGUUCGUGAAUAAUUUUAAUAAGACAGAAACAGAUAUUCUGAAUGAUCUUACUCAUGAUAAGACAUGGAAGGAGAAUGUGAUUGAGUUGGAAAAAGUAGCAAAACGAAUAUUUAACACAUUAGGGGAGAUAUGGAAUAAUCCUGCUUUUGAAACCAAAAAGUGUGAAGGAAAGCUGGUAGAAUAUCUAUAUUUAGAGAGUUCACGUAUUAUCUGCAAUGAUACUAAAAAGAAUGAUGAUGAGACAAAGUUAUGGAGAGAAUUGUUGGACAGGAUUAGUUAUAUAAAUAGCGCAUGUAGAUCUACUAGUAACCAGUUUGGUGUGGUUAGAAUUCAGGUGGCCAGUGAAAAGAUAUCUUUAAAUGUCCUGAUAAAUGAUGUAAGCGGAAUCCCAAGAUAUUUUCAUGUAGAUCAUGCAAAAAUUCCACUAACUUCUAGCAUAUCAUGGCGGCAGGCUAUUUCACACCCACCUCGUAAUGUUCACCCAAGUCCUGCCGUCUUUUCACUAUGUAGGGAGGAAUCAGGACAAAAAAGACCUAGACAAAAUAGUAAAACCAGAAGGUUAACAAAACAAAAAAGUGCACAUUUUUAG